AUUUACUCCGGCGGAAAUGAAGAAAAUGUGUUAUAGCGAAUGAAGUGCAUUUAAAAACGCCAACGAUGUUUGCAAUUUUAGUCUUCAUUUACAUCGGAGUGUUCUGUAGCGCUUUAUCGAACUCUGAGAAUGAAGGUUGUCCAGAUCUCAACAACCAUACGAACUGGGAAACCACUGGGCCUUAUAUUCACCAUAUAAAGAUGUUGUCUGCAGUUCGUGCUGUCGUCUACUGUCAGACUGGUUAUCAUGCAUACCUGAAUGUGCCUAAAUUAUAUUCCGAUCAUUUCCCAAUCGCGUGCAAAAAUGGGUCUUGGGACGUCUUCUCUAUUUGUCAAGAAAAAAGUGUUAAUUGUCCUGACCCUAUCAAUAACUCGAAUGAUACGAUGUGGCAACAUACACAGCCUUUCAACUAUACACGGACAACAAGUCGUUACACGGUUAAAUGUGAGCCGGGAUAUGACGCUGGUGUACAUGGAGGAAAUCGAUACACAGAAACUAUUUUAGCAGCGUGCAACGGUGACCAAUGGACAGUAAAUGCCGUUUGCAGAGAAAUCGAAUGUGGAGACCCAAACAUUUAUUCCAACUGGCAAAAUAGUGAAGCGGCGGAACGCAUACAUCGGAUAGUAUACAAUGAAACCACGCUAAAUUCGAGCGCCAUCGUUCACUGUAUGGAUGGUGAUGUUGUGUAUACGGAUGAUGGUCAACGAAAUAGUGAUUUCUUCAACAUUGUAUGCACAGCAGACCAUAGAUGGCAAGCAGACGGAAUAUGCGGUUGCCCGGCCCUCAAAACCGAACACACCCAUGAUAGCCACUGGCAUUUGGAUGAUGCUGCGUUACACAUUGCUACGGUGCAGAACUACGACGCACGCAUAACACUAAGGUGUGACGAAGGAUACUGGUUGAAACAUGCGUCGAUCUUUGGCCACCCACAGACAACCCAGACAUUGAAGUGCGGAAUAAACGGGACAUGGACACCUGCUGAAAACUGCUCUAUGAUAACUUGCCCGGCCCUCAAAACCGAACACACCAAUGAUAGUCACUGGCAUUUGUAUGAUGCUGCCUUAAACAAUGCUACGGUGCCGAACUACGACGCACACAUGCCACUAAGGUGUGACGAUGGAUACUGGUUGAAACCUGCCUCGACCUCCGGUUACCCACAGACAACCCAGACAGUAAAGUGCGGAAUAAACGGGACCUGGACACCUGCUGCAAAUUGCUCUAUGAUAACUUGCCCGACCCUCAAAACCGAACACACCAAUGAUAGUCACUGGCAUUUGGAUGAUGCUGCCUUAAACAAUGCUACGGGGCAGAACUACGACGCACACAUGCCACUAAGGUGUGACGAUGGAUACUGGUUGAAACCUGCGUCGACCUUUGGCCACCCACAGACAACCCAGACAGUGAAGUGCGGAAUAAACGGGACCUGGACACCUGCUGCAAAUUGCUCUAUGAUAACUUGCCCGGCCCUCAAAACCGAACACACCCAUGAUAGUCACUGGCAUUUGGAUGAUGCUGCGUUAAACAAUGCUACGGUGCAGAACUACGACGCAUACAUCCCAUUAAGGUGUGACGAUGGAUACUGGUUGAAACCUGCGUCGACCUUCAGCGACCCACAGACAACCCAGACAGUGAAGUGCGGAAUAAACGGGACCUGGACACCUGCUUCAGAUUGCUCUGUGAUAACUUGCCCAGCCCUCAAAACCGAACACACCAAUGAUAGUCACUGGCAUUUGGAUGAUACUACGUUAAACAAUGCUACGGUGCAGAACUACGACGCAUACAUCCCAUUAAGGUGUGACGAUGGAUACUGGUUGAAUCCGGCGUCGACCUUUGGCCACCCACAGACAACCCAGACAGUGAAGUGCGGAAUAAACGGAACCUGGACACCUGCUGCAAAUUGCGUUAUGAUAACUUGCUCAGCCCUCAAAACCGAGCACACCAAUGAUAGUCACUGGCAUUUGGAUGAUGCUACGUUAAACAAUGCUACGGUGCAGAACUACGACGCAUACAUGCCACUAAGGUGUGACGAUGGAUACUGGUUGCAUCCUGGGUCGACCUUCGGCGACCCACAGACAACCCAGACAGUGAAGUGUGGAAUAAACGGGACCUGGACACCUGCUGCAAAUUGCUCUUUGAUAACUUGCUCAGCCCUCAAAACCGAGCACACCAAUGAUAGUCACUGGCAUUUGGAUGAUGCUACGUUAAACAAUGCUACGGUGCAGAACUACGACGCAUACAUGCCACUAAGGUGUGACGAUGGAUACUGGUUGCAUCCUGGGUCGACCUUCGGCAACCCAAAUACAACCCAGACAGUGAAGUGCGGAAUAAACGGGACCUGGACACCUGCUGCAAAUUGCUUUAUGAUAACUUCUACCACAGUCGCCACAGCAAUAUCAUCGUCAACCACGCACACUUCUAUGACUACCACACAACAAUCGGUCACACUGAUGUCGACAUCAGCAAGCUUUAUCAACAUCACAGAAACAGUUUUAAGUUGCAUCGAUCUCUACCUCCCCGAACACUGGGGAACGAUCGGACCCAACAUUCAACAUAUCAAGAUCCUGCCGAGUCCUAAUCAUGCUAUAGUCUACUGUCAACCUGGGUUUAGCGCAUUCCUGACUAGCCAACACACAUACUCAGACCACUUUCAAAUCACGUGCAGAGAUGGCUCCUGGAAAGCCCACUCGAUUUGCCAGAAGAUAGAUGCAGUACAUCUGAUCGGAUAGCGAAUCGUCAGUGACAUGAAGCUGGAAUGCUGUGCGGUAGUUAAUAAAUAUGGGACAAUAAUACAA